GGAUUACGUAUUUAUACUGCUAGGCGCAUGCAGCCCAUGGUUAAGGGUUGUAAAUUCUACCUGAUUGAUUAGUUACGCUCAGCGUUUUGGAAAAUAGAGAAAGGAAAUGGCCUCUGAAGACACAUUCGAAGGUCUUGAUGUCACUGCAGACGAAGUGCAGCGGAUCGAAAAAGCUUUGAAAAAUGAAGAGUUUCGAAAAUUAUUCGUCGAGUAUGCUCAAGAAAUUUCUGAUCCUGAAAACAGGAAAAAAUAUGAAGAGGAAUUGGCGGAGUUGGAAAGGUCGCGAGGCAUGGAUGUUAAGUUUUUGCAUCCCAAGCCUGGAUACGUGUUGAAGACAAGCAUCAAUGGGGAAAAGAAAGCAUUCAUCAAUAUUUGUAAGAAUGAUAACAUCGGUAAGCCUCAAGCAUCAAACUCAAAGUCUUAUCAGGGCAGUGGGAAUGCAAGAAAAAUGGGAGUUGAGUGGGCGCUUCCUUACAGUUUAGCUCCAGGUCGUGAUGAUUAUGAUCAUGCAGGGAAAAAGUGUAUGGUGUUCGAUUGCCUGUUCCACCCAGACUGCUUUGAAAUGAUAAAUAAAGACAGUAGAUUUCGGACGUUGAUGGAUAAUACAGCAAUGGAUGGGAUAGAGAGGGAAUUUAAAGUUACCUUUGAUCGCAAUAAUGUGAAAAAGCCCAAAAUGAAAUUCAAAGGCCGACAACAGGCAACUGUACUGAGGACACCGAAUCAGUCUGGUCCGAAGGGUGAGAAUUCAUUAGAUGCCCUCAAACUUUCAUACCCAUAUGACAAAUCAAUGAAACAGGAAACGGCCAACAAUCAGCCUGCCAAAACAGCCUCCAAAAUAUCAGGGAAUAGAGAUUCGGAAAGGAAGACGAAUGAUGAGAAACGUGUAGAGAAAGAUGACUUUACAGUACCAAAGCACUCGAUUGUUCAUCGUGGUCACUUUGAUAUGCAGCAGUUCACCUAUGCCAGGGAUUCGGCACCAAGCACCAGGCCUCAAGAGCUGAUUUUGAAGGUAGAGCUCCCUCUAUUGAAAUCUGCAGCCACUGUCCAGUUAGAUGUCUUUGAGAAACGCAUCUUUCUGGAAUGCAAGAAACCAGUCAUGUACCAACUUGAUCUCCCACUACCUUAUCCAGUAGAUGAAGACAAAGGAAGUGCAAAGUUUGACAAAAGCAGGACUUGUCUCAUCAUCACCCUGGCAGUCCUACCCCCUGUAAUAGCAGAAAUUCCAUCUAGUGUACCUGUACCCCAAGAAGCUAAUCCUCUUGUACAGGAAAUAGUGAUGAAUGGUAUUGAUGAGACAGUCAACCAAAGAACUAAACAAGCUGAUGGAAUCUCACCUGGUUUUAAUGAUGAUCAAUAUGAAAAGCCUGAAAACGUGAAAGAUUCCAAUGAGACAAAUCCAGGGAAGAGUGAUGUUGGAACAUCUGAUUACAAGAUCACACCAUCUAUUGGAGCUGAUGUUACUGAAGCGCUGGGAGAGGUUCAAGGUUCCCAAGAAGGAGAUGUAACUAAAGUUGUGGAAGAUUCAGAGCCGAGUCAUCCUCUCAGUGAUGAAAUCCAUGCUGAUGAUUUGCUUCAUAGUGAGCUAGAAGUGAAGACCACAUUGCCUAAGUGUGAUAUCUACCAAACAGAUGAAAAUGUCACCAUCAUCAUUAGGGAAGCAGACAUAGAUGUAGGGUCUUUCAAACUAAACAUGGCGAGUGAAGGAAAGAUAGUAGAAGCAAUGUUCAGGAGGACUGAAAUUGCUCCAGAUUCAGCUGAAGAAAUAUUCUCAAUCCUUGUAGUUUGUGAAGAUGGGCAAACUUUAGAUGGGAAGAUGAAACCUGAUGUCUCUCAGGCCAAUGUGGUAAUGGUGUUUAAGAAGAAAGAAGGAUGUGGAUCCUUGUGGUCUGCUCUUAAGGCUGGUCUAUCUGAAGAUACUCUCGAGGAGAAACAGUUUGUAACAGAGGAAGGUCUGGAAGAUAUUUUAAAGGAGGUUACUUCAGAUGAAGCCAGGAGUAAAGAGACCAUCCCAUGCUCUGUUUCAGAAUUCUCGACUCAUUGUGUCAAGGCUCAGUUUCAGGUAUCCUGUGAGGUUGCAGAUAGCUCAAAGAGUUCACAAGACAGUGGGAAACAUAAAGGUGACUCUGAUGGAUGUCAGAAGGCAUCUAUGAAAUCUAAAGAGUCUAUCAUCCCUGCCUUGGACCUAGGACCUGCAGCAGAUGAGAAGAAGGUAGAAAGUGAUGUGAGUUCACCUCGCAGCGAUCCUCAGUCAUCACCAACUGAUUCCUCCAUACCAUCUGGUCUUAAGAGUGCCUUGAGGAGUCCUCGCAGAAGAGCAUGUAAGUCAGUUAGCUUCAGUGAGGAAGUAUUGGUUGAACUCUUCCUUGAUGGUCCCAAACGAACCCAAAAAGGUGGAAACAAGAAGAAAGGAGGAGGAAGGCGAACUCCCUUCUUUGGUCCAAGGCGCAUGAUUGAGAAGCUCAAGGACAAUUCUUGGGAGUAUUUCAGUGAUUCUGAACUCCUGCACCACAACCACAAAGAAGCUAGCACUGAGGAAGAUGAAGAACAUGAAGAUCAAGAAUGGAAUUGGCAACCAAACCAAGUCCUUAUGAGACAAUCCAGCAGUGAAUCAGAGUCAGGACAGGAGAUACCGUCCUCUCCCCGCUCAAAGGGAAAGAAAUCCAAGGGUUCUAGGCGUAGGAGAAAAGAAAAAGCGCGCCGUGAGGCAAGUUUGGCAGCAAACAAUGGCGUUGAGAGUUCCGACACCAAUGAGAACCUCAUUAAACCAAGUUCUCCUGAUGAUGUUUCACCACUCACAAAUGGUCUAGAGUCUGAAGAGAUUAUCGAGAGCAAUGAGCUUAAUGGAGAUACUCCAGAACUACCAGAAAACCGUGAUUUGAUGAAUAAUAAUGAAAACAAGAAAAGCAAUGAAAACGAUGAGCUCCCUCUAGAAAUGCAAGACCACAAAACAAAGUGUGCUUUUGAAUUUUCUAACCAAGUUAUUUAUGAUCUUGAUGAGUAAACUCCUCAGCAAAAUGUUGGUAUUUUGUGAUGAAUCUCUUCUGAUAACUCAAAAUUAUGAUGUUAAUUCUCUGUGUCUGACAGUACCAACUAAAAGUCUUUGUGUUCACUUGAAGUAUUGUUUUUAAAUGCACUCUUUAUGGCAACAAGGAUUUUCAGUUGAUAUACUGAUAUGGUCUGGCAGAGCAUAAACUAACAUAAAAUUUAUGAACCAGAGGUCAAAUAUUUUGUAAAGUAAGCUUGCGCCAUGUACUGCUUACUACAGGAAUCCACCAAGUUUUUUUGCUUAAUUGUUGAUAAUAAGUGAGGGACUAUCAAAACAAUUUUGCUUCCACAAAGUUCUUUUCAGAAGGGUAUCAGUUUUUUUGUGAUGUAUACAUGUACAUGUAUGUACAUUGUAUGCAUGCAAUCGCACAGGUGGCCAUUCCCAUUACAUGAGAUCUUUAUUAAGCAUAGGAAUAUCAUGUUCCUGUUGUACUGCAUACAAAUUGCAUAGCCAGGUUAGUAAUACUUACCCGUCAUUAUUGUGACUGGUACUCGAUAUAGUAUAUAUAAGCCUCAAAAGGUAAAUGGCAUAAUUGUUUCAGUCAUUAUGGCCAUUCACAAUUGAAAUUGAAAUCUCACUGUGAUUCAUGUGUUAUGUGCUAUAUGCAAAACAAAAUGACUGUUAUGGAACUGAAACUAAAUUUUGGUGAAUUGAUUGAAUAAUUUGAUUUUUUUUUAAAUAUUU